UUCAGCUUGAAGUGAACAACAACAACCCUCCACGCCACCGCCCUUUACCCCGCCAUCGACCCUCGAGGGGACCCCGGGCCCAGACCUCAUCGACCCGGCGGCAUCGCUUCCUCUGCGCAAAACCGCCCACACGUCUUUUUCCGUUCGACAAGUCACGGCCGUGAAAAAAGGAGGGAAAAAUUACAGCCAUCGUGGGGGCAUGGGUGCACGCUCGACAUCUAUCCCAUCGUGCGUUCACAUCCCUCUACCAGGAAAACAAAAAUAACUGACAGUCCGAAGACUGGUUCCCCACAGUCACCCUCCCGCCGGCUCUUUCCCUUCUGGGCCCUCUCCGCCCAUCAGCCCCCCAUCCACACUCUCCCGCCGUCUGCAGAGGACAUCCCCCCUUCCUCUUUUCACACACUUGCAUUGGGGCCUGGUUCCGGUGUACCCUCUGCUCCUUUCAACCCCCUUGCCCCCUUGUCACCCAUUUACCCCUUUGGGUGGGCUCUGCAUCGGGCUAGCGCUUUCGACGCGUUUGGGUGUCCAUUGAACAAGGAGCUAUAACGGACCGACUAUUCGGCAAACAACGAUCUGUAGAAGGGGUAUCCUUAUAAUACGACGUGCUCGACAAAGCAACGCCUUGACGACCCCCAUCGCAUUAGCAUAACCUCUAAAGAGCGACUACCCCCCUCGCCUUUCACUCGUCACUCUCUUUCAUCGACAAGGCGACCGGCGACUCGUCUCUGGGAGCACUGGGUACGCGUGGCUAUUCUUUAAUCGGCAUUUGAGAUCAGCUCUCACAUUCAGUCUACCAUACAUCCCAUCUACCCUAAUUCACAUCACCAGCACUGCUACAUAAACAACCACCAUAAGCAUGAUGUUGGACCCACUUAUGAUCGCCCACCCUCCGUCUGGGAUCCCAUUCGACCCCGCGCCAGAGGAUGAGCCGCCCUUUGACACUUAUUGUAUCGUCUGCGACAAACGCAUCCCGCCUCUGUCUUCCGGCAAGAACGGGGAGAAGAAGAAGAAGAAGGUCAAGGCUGGUGGUACCAUCCGCGUGAAAAAUGCGGAUGGUACAACGACAACGCGCAAUGCGAAAGGCAAAGUCACCCGACCGCCUUUACGCAACAGCAACUCUUCCUCUCAAUCCACCACCAUCACCAACACCACGACACCCCUCCCUCCUCUUGCUCGACCGAAAACGACCGACGGUACGAUCCCCACGUCUGCCACCGUCUCUUCCCCCGAAACCGCCCUCCCCUCCACUUCCUUGGCAAGCACACUCGCCAGCACCCCCGGUUCCGUGCACUCUGCCUCGUCCCACCCUGCGCCGGGUCAAGUCCCGUUCCACAGCCCGAUCUACUGCUCUCGUGAAUGUCAGGAACACGAAGCCGGCCGGUCGGACGAGACGUAUAAGGAGCUGGCGAGGACGAUGAGUUUCGACUUUUCGCAUGCUUUCCAUUCGCCCGAACAUGAGCUCGAGCUCGUGCCCCUGCCUACGAAAGAGAGGGAGAGGGAGAGGGGUGUGAGGUCGCCGUUUGCGCCACCGAGUCCGGUGGGGACGAGUGAUACCGAGAGUUCCAACUCUGCUGGGUUGCAGGGUUCGUCUGGUGAAGAGGGUGAACUUCCGCGGCCGUCGACGUCGACCUCUACCAGAGGAGCAGCGCGAGGAGCGUAUGGGGAGGAAGAAGCAGCGUCAGCGCCCAAGAUUAUGGAUUAUUUCCGAUUCUCCAAAGGCGGGCCCGACCAGGCGUGGAACGAAGUCUCCCUCUCCCGCCAACGACGGUCGUCCAUGCAGCCAUCAGCGUAUGGCGCUUACGGCCAUAUCACCCCCGGCCAUAUCACUCCCGGAGGCGAGUCGUCGAGCGAGAUGGAUUUCGCCAGGUCGAUGAGCGGUGGCGGCAGGCUGCGAGGCAUGACGCCCGUCAAGGAGAGGCGGGUGUCUGCUGCCGGCCCAGGAGGGGCGGAGAGGGCUGUACCGAUCCCGGUGAGGCCUAUGACGAGGUCGAACCUGAGUCAAACGUCGCUGGGCGGCGCGUCAGUCUCGAGCCAGCAUUCCGUGCUCCCGCCCGAGUUUGGAUCGGCCCCGACCCAUACGCUUGGUUUGCUGCAGUCGUAUGCGUCGGCGUUCCCUGUGCGGUCGUCGUGCAAUACGCCGAAUUCGUUCUCGCAGCGCGGGUCGACGCCGCAGAGAGGGUUCGUCUUUCCCGAGACGACGGUGCCGUUGUCUAGCUCGACGCGAUCGCCUUCCCCACCGGAUUAUGAGAGUUUGAGGCGGGACAGCGCGUCGUCGAUCUCGCGUUCCCAAGGCGGCACGAUCAAGGCAAAGAAGAUUGAACCAACUUGGGACUCUUUUGGCCGGAAAGAAGUGCAAGCGCAGUCUGCGCGCCAGAACCGACGUUCAGGCGGAGGCGGAAGCGGAGGAGCCGAUUCGACGCCUGUUGCCGUCCCCCGCCGAGGGUCCCGCGCAAGGGAACAGAGUGUAGGACGGGAGAACACGCCGAGGCAGAAGAUGGAAAAGGACGGGCAGGGGUGGCGGUAUGUGCCUUCCAGCUCUCCGCCUGCUUCCGCUUCCUCUGGGAUGGGCGUGGGCAGGUCUGGUACAGUGAGGAGGAAGAGCGCAGAAGAACAGUCUCGCGCCGUCUCGAUCGGCCAUGGCCGACCACCCCAGCUCUCGACGUCGACUACAUCGCACUCGGGGUCGCAUACCCCUUCAUCGCGAUACCUGCCGACGCGCUCGAGUCUUGCAGCGGGCGAACCGGAUAUGGCGGGCUUGACGCUUGGGGAAGCUGGGGAGAAGCUCGGGAUGGGGCAGAGUGUGCCGAGGAGGAUUGGGUUUAAUUGGGAUGAGACGAUGGGGGUCAAGACGUACGAGUUGCCGGGGAAGAUGGAUAAGAAUCAGAAGGGGUUGUUUUACUUUCAAUAAACGUCUUUUCAAAGACUUUAGUAUUUUCGACAAUCACUGCAUCAGUUGUAUAUAAUCCCGCAUCAGCUUUUCCGUCUCUUUUUGUAUAUAGCAUUUCUCCGCCACAUUCACGCAUAAGGAUCACGAGUUUUUCCAAAGUAAUAAUUUGGUUAUAUAGAACAGCCGGCGGGUUGGGCAACCAGUAGUAUAGGCAUCGAUUGUACUUUUUUCCACCUUUCGACAAAGCAUCUAUCGUUUCAAGGGUUGUAUCAGCGAGAGGUUUCCAUGCAUAACGGUCUGAAGGAUGAAACGAAACA